AUGCCCUUCCACAAUGGCUGGUUACCUCGUGAGGGCUUCCACGGCGAUGUCGUCGGCCGAAUCUUGAACCGGACUGCUUUCAACCCUGUCCUCACUCUCGCUGUCCUCCUCGCAGCCAAAUAUACCAAGCAGGGUGGAGAGCUUGCAGCGGAGCACAAGCUCGCAUUGACAUGGAUUCGACGAUUCUUCUACUAUGGCGCAUGGCGAUGGGCGACCACAUUCCUUGACAAUGGCGUCCUGAACAACUGGAAGAAGGACGAAUAUGACUGGAAGAAAGAGAUUGUGAUUGUGACUGGUGGUGCGGGCGGUAUCGGUGGCAAGGUCGUCACGUUGCUCGCGGAGCGCGGCAUCAAGGUCGUGGUCCUGGAUGUCAUUCCUAUGACCUAUGAGGCUCCCGCCAAUGUCCGCUACUACAAGUGCGACAUCACCUCUAUUGAGACGAUCGCCAAGGUCGCGACACAGAUCCGCGCCGAGGUCGGUGAGCCCACCAUCCUCAUCAACAAUGCCGGUGUCGCGCGCGGCAAGAGCAUUCUUGACUCAACAGAGAAGGAUGUGCGCUUCACAUUCGAGGUCAACACCAUGGCCCACUACUGGCUCGCGAAGGAGUUCCUACCUUCGAUGGUGAAGAACGACCACGGAAUGAUCGUGACCGUCGCGUCCGUCGCGGCCUAUAUCACUGUUCCCAACAUGGUCGACUACGCCUCAUCCAAGGCCGCCGCACACUCCUUCCAUGAGGGUCUCACAGCUGAGCUCAAGACCCGAUACAACGCGCCGAAGGUCCGCACGGUGAUCGUCAACCAGGGCUACACCAAGACCCCACUGUUCCAAGGCUACAACAACGAUGCCGGCUUCUUGAUGCCAUCGCUGGAGCCCGAGACUGUGGCCGAAGCUAUUGUUAAGAAGGUUCUGAGUGGCACUGCUGGACAGGUACUCGUGCCGGAGUUCGCCACCACGCUGCCUUUUAUUCGCACUUACCCGCACUGGAUGCAGGUAGGCAUGAGAGCGCGUGGCGAGAACAUCAUGACAAAGUGGAACGGCCGACAAGUCAUCGACGUUGAGAAGUGGAAGAGUGGCGCAGAGAAGACUGCUGAGAAGGUCAAGGAGACAGUUCAGGAGGGUGUCGAGUCCGCGUAA